CCGCGCUUGAAGUGACGGAAACACUAUGUCGAAGCGCAGGAUUGAGGUCGUGGAUCCCUAUGUCAAAAGGAAAGCCACGGACAAUACCGUUGCCAACAAUGCAACAACUCCAGGGACGACGGCAGCAAAAAGCCAAGUACAGUUCAAUCCAUAUACCAUGCUGCCAUAUACGCCGAGAUACUAUGAACUUUACAAGAAAAGAAUAACUUUACCUGUAUUUGAGUAUCGUACUGAUUUCAUGAGAUUGUUGUCCCAGCAUCAAUGCAUUGUUCUUGUUGGAGAGACAGGUUCUGGUAAAACUACACAGAUACCACAAUGGUGUGUAGAGUAUUCAAGAAGUAUUGGAUCCAAAGGAGUCGCCUGUACACAGCCCAGAAGAGUAGCUGCAAUGAGCGUUGCUCAAAGAGUUUCAGAAGAAAUGGAUGUUGCCUUAGGUCAAGAAGUAGGAUACAGCAUUCGUUUUGAAGAUUGUAGUUCACCGAGGACUGUGUUGAAGUACAUGACCGACGGUAUGUUGCUUCGGGAAGGGAUGUCUGAUCCCAUGUUGGAUGCCUAUCAAGUGAUACUGCUAGACGAAGCUCAUGAAAGAACGUUAGCUACUGACUUGCUAAUGGGUGUUUUGAAAGAAGUGAUUAAACAGAGACCAGACUUAAAACUUGUGAUUAUGAGUGCUACCUUGGACGCUGGAAAGUUUCAACAGUAUUUUGAUAAUGCUCCACUUAUGAACGUACCUGGUAGAACACAUCCAGUUGAGAUAUUUUAUACACCAGAGCCAGAGAGGGACUACUUGGAGGCAGCAAUAAGAACUGUUAUUCAGAUACAGAUGUGUGAAGAAAUUCCUGGGGACCUUUUGCUAUUUUUAACUGGUCAAGAAGAAAUUGAAGAAGCUUGCAAGAGAAUAAAAAGAGAAAUGGACAAUUUGGGACCUGAAGUUGGUGAAUUAAAGUGCAUACCAUUGUACUCAACACUGCCGCCGAAUCUUCAACAAAGAAUAUUUGAACCUGCUCCGCCUACCAAAACUAACGGUGCUAUCGGGCGCAAAGUCGUCGUUUCGACCAAUAUCGCAGAGACAUCGUUGACUAUUGACGGAGUUGUCUUUGUCAUAGAUCCUGGUUUUGCCAAGCAAAAAGUAUACAAUCCUAGGAUUCGUGUCGAAUCUCUUUUAGUGUCACCUAUUAGUAAGGCUUCUGCGCAACAGAGAGCCGGUCGUGCUGGUAGAACAAGACCUGGAAAGUGUUUCAGAUUAUACACAGAAAAAGCAUACAAAAACGAGAUGCAGGAUAAUACCUAUCCUGAGAUUUUGCGUUCCAAUCUUGGAAGCGUCGUAUUACAAUUGAAGAAACUUGGCAUCGAUGAUUUAGUGCAUUUUGACUUUAUGGAUCCACCUGCGCCCGAAACUCUUAUGAGAGCUUUGGACCUUUUGAAUUAUUUAGCAGCUCUGGACGAUGAUGGAAAUUUGACAGAUCUCGGCGCAGUAAUGGCAGAAUUUCCUUUGGAUCCUCAAUUAGCAAAGAUGCUUAUAGCUUCUUGCAAUCAUAAUUGCAGUAAUGAGAUACUCAGCAUCACUGCUAUGCUUUCAGUCCCACAGUGCUUUGUGAGGCCGAAUGAAUCGAAAAAAGCAGCGGAUGAUGCAAAAAUGAAAUUUGCACACAUUGAUGGUGACCAUUUGACGCUACUGAAUGUAUAUCAUUCUUUCAAACAACAUAUGGAUGAUGUUCAAUGGUGUUACGAUAAUUACGUAAAUUAUCGAUCAUUGAAGAGCGGAGAUAAUGUAAGACAACAGUUAAGUAGAAUAAUGGAUAGAUUUGUAUUAAAACGCACUUCGACGGACUUCAAUUCAAAAGAUUAUUACAUUAACAUCAGAAAAGCUCUCGUUAAUGGUUUCUUCAUGCAGGUGGCGCAUUUAGAGAGAACAGGACAUUACCUAACUAUCAAAGAUAACCAGGUAGUACAACUUCAUCCGAGCAGUUGUCUCGAUCACAAACCAGAAUGGGUUAUUUAUAAUGAAUUUGUGCUUACUACUAAAAAUUAUAUCAGAACAGUUACUGAUAUUAAACCUGAUUGGUUACUCAUGAUAGCACCACAAUAUUAUGAUCUACAAAAUUUCCCUCAAUGUGAAGCAAAAAGACAGCUCGAGCUCACUCAGGCGAAAUUAGAUUCUAAACAGUAUCAGGAAGGCUUCUAACCUCUAUAUACUUUAGACGUGUUUGGAAAUCGCAAGAAACAGUCGAGAUUGCUCAGUCAAAAUCUGCUUUUAUCAUGGCGAAUUUCAGCACACGACUCUUCUAUUGGAGCCACAUCACAUACAAAACAUUGUGAGACACAUUAUGAAGAAUCACUUUCUGUCCUUCACCCAAAAGGCACAGAAGAACAUUAAGAUUCAAAUAUUUAGAUUUUUGUAUAAGUCAGUUACUGGCUCAUACUAUGUAAAAAUUAAAUCUUUGAAAAUUAAUUUAAAUUUUCGAUAUUUAAGUCAAAAGAUAGAAAGGAAAUGGACAAUUUAUUAACUUGAGACACAGCAAAAGCAAAGUUAAGAUAAGAGGUCAUUAUUUAUGUACAUUUAAAACAAGAUUUAGUCUCUAAGUAAUUUUAACAGUAGAGCUCAUUAAUCGACGUCUACAUUCGAACACAUUCGGAAUGUCAUUAGAUAUAAUAGAUUAAUUUUUGUAUUAAAUGUUGACCGUAUAAUGUGAGGAAGGUAUAAAGUGGCCACUAUAUAGAUUGAUCUCUUACUAUUCUAAAAGAUGUUAAGGAAUGAUUUUUUUCACAUUAAUUCAAGACGAAAAAUUUCAUAUAAUCAUGGCUAUAUUCCACUUCACAUUCACAACACUCGCGAGCAUCUUUGUUCUUGUUUAACAUUUGAUAAACAGCAAGAAUGAAAUGAUUUCACGAACGUUGUGAGCUACGUUAAAUGGAACACAGUCCAUAUGUCCUCGAAAUAUCUUAGUAUAGGAUGUCAAAGGUAGAAUGUCAAAUUUGAAGAAAAAAUUGCGAAUACUAUUCAAGUUAUUUCGAUGAAAUUUUGUUUAUGUUUUUGGGACUAUACAUUAUUUUUUUGAUCAGAAAUAGAUUCAAAGAUAAGUAUGCAUUUUUGAAACUAGCCGUUUUGGAUGUUUUCAAGUUUCCAUUUUGAAUUAAUGUGAGAAAUCUCUUAAAAUCUUUUAAAAUACUUAAAGACCACCCUAUAUAUAGAAAAAGACAUAGUCGUGUUGUACUCUCUUGCCUAAAGAUAAUUAAAAAAAAAACAUUUCCUCUGUUAAUAAUAGCUUGUCAUCCUUUUUGCUAUGGAUUCAAAUAUGAUUUGAUAGAUUCAAAUAUGAUGUUUCGUGCUCCGUAUUCUGUGCUCUUUCACAAAUUUAGAAUAUGUUGCAGCGUGUCAUUUUUAAAUGGAAUGAAUAGCGAGAAUAUGCUACAGAUAUAAACUUUUUACUAAAGAGAUAGAAAAAGCUAAAAAAUAUUUCUAGAUACAUCCCCUAUAUUCUGAAAGAAUCAAAUUAAUGAAGAAAAAAUAUUUAUGAUAUAUUAAUAUAAUAAAAGUCAUAAGCACACACGCACACACACAUACACACAUAUAUAUACACAGACACAGUGGCCAGUUUAUGGAAAAACAGCAUUCAGUGUAAUAAAGCAUCUUUAUUAGCACUUGAGAAAAA